AUGAUCACCGCCAUCUUCGCACUCUUUUUCGUAUUGUCGCUUCCGAAAACUCUCGAGACGUGUAGCUGCAUGGAUUUCCCGACGGAAAAGGACGGAUAUUGCGCCACCGCGUGGAGUGAGUCUACCGUGUAAUUGUGGUGAAGUAAAUGGAAAAAAACCUUUAAAGUUUCCAAAGUGAAAGUGGUUUCGAAAGAGACCGACGGACUCGGGCUCAUGAUGUCAUAUCGGCUGGAGCACUUGGAUGUCAUCAAGGUUUGAACAGCAACAAAAAAGGUUUAGAGCAGAAAUGGAGUUUAGGCUCCGGAAAAUGUAACACUGCCAGAAGUGAUGAAUACGGCGACGCAAGAAAGUGCGUGCGGGCAAACUUCCUUCAAAGUCGGCAAGGAGUACAUAUUUGGAGGUGAAUUUGGACAUGAUCAGAGCAUUUUUAGAACUCGUUAAUUUCAGGUUCGGCAGCCAACAACGCCUCUCUUCUGAUUACUUUCUGUGAUUGGCGAGUGCCUCUGAAAUACAUAGACGAGCCGAAGUUGGAGUUGAAACCCGAGUGGACAAAGUUUGUGGACUCUGUGGGAACGUGUCCAACGCACUCCGUCUAG